AUGCUAUUCAAACAGCAGGCGUUGCUGAGACAGAAGCUCCUUGUGCUAGGCAGCCUUGCUAUUGGAAGUCUCCUGUAUCUAGUUGCCAGAGUUGGGAGCUUGGAUAGACUGCAGCCCCUCUGUCCCAUUGACGGUCGAUUUGGACCCCAUGGCCAAGAGGAAAUCCCGCUCCGAGCUCUGCAGUUCAAACGUGGGCUACUCCAUGAGUUCCGUAAAGGCAAUGCCACAAAGGAGCAGAUACGACUCCACAAUUUGGUUCAGCAGCUUCCCAAGGCUAUCAUCAUCGGGGUACGGAAAGGAGGUACGCGAGCACUGCUGGAGAUGCUGAACCUUCACCCUGCAGUGGUCAAAGCUUCUCAAGAGAUUCACUUCUUUGACAAUGACGAGAACUAUGCCAAGGGGAUUGAGUGGUACCGGAAAAAAAUGCCUUUUUCUUACCCUCAUCAAAUAACAAUUGAAAAAAGCCCUGCAUAUUUUAUCACUGAGGAAGUACCUGAAAGGAUUUACAAAAUGAACUCAUCUAUCAAGUUAUUGAUCAUUGUCAGGGAACCAACCACAAGAGCUAUUUCUGAUUACACUCAGGUGCUGGAAGGGAAGGAGAGAAAGAACAAAACUUACUACAAAUUUGAGAAGCUGGCUAUUGAUCCUAAUACCUGCGAAGUGAACACUAAGUAUAAGGCAGUGAGAACCAGCAUCUAUACGAAACACCUGGAGAGAUGGUUAAAAUACUUCCCAAUCGAGCAGUUUCAUAUUGUAGAUGGAGACCGGCUCAUCACUGAACCACUGCCAGAACUCCAGCUGGUGGAGAAGUUCCUAAAUCUUCCUCCAAGAAUAAGUCAGUACAAUUUAUACUUCAAUGCCACCAGAGGGUUUUAUUGCUUGAGAUUUAACAUUGUCUUUAACAAGUGCCUGGCGGGUAGCAAGGGACGCAUUCAUCCGGAGGUGGAUACCUCUGUCAUUACCAAAUUGCGCAAGUUCUUUCAUCCUUUUAAUCAAAAAUUUUACCAGAUCACUGGGAGGACAUUUAACUGGCCCUAAACUGAACUUCAUACAAUACUUUCUGUUGCACCUGAGACAUGCAGUAAUGUCUCUGCUAAAAUAUGCACUUUUCAUAGACACGGCUAUCAAGGUAACGUUUUUCAUGCAUACCUGUACAUAUGCAGUGUGUGACCAAAUAUACAGUGGGAUCAAUUUUUUCUACAGAGUAGUAACUAACAUAAAUUUACUGUCAGCAUAGUUGCAUCUUUUAAGAUAUAAUAAUAAAGGAAAAGGUGGUAUUUAGGGAAAUUAAUUCAGACACCAUUAAAAGGGUCAGUGUUCCUCUUGCUUAGUAAAAAGUUUAUGUGACAUACUUGAUGAUCUAAGCAGAAUGUUAGUUUAUGCCAUUCACAUUCAUGUCAAAAUUCUGUGAAGCUGUGAAAAAGCA